AUGUCUGGUAACAAUGAAGAAGAAAGUGAUUCGGAAGAUGACGAAGAAUAUGUACCAUCCGAUCCCGACGAUAAUGAACAGAAUGAAAGUGGUGGAAGUACUGGCGGUGAUGGUGUUACAGUGAACAGCAAUGCAAUGUUAGCAUUACAAGAAUUAAAAGAAAUGAAUAAAUCAGAGGAAACGGAAGAUGAGCGAGCGCGAAGGUUAAAAUUAUUGUUUGAAGAAUUCAUCGGAGGAAACGAUGCUAUACCAAAACCGUCAACUAAUGAAACUUUACCUACUUCAACUGCUGAUAGUGAACGAGUACCGAUGAAGAUAUGUGAAAUUCCGAAAUUAGCUGCAGAAACGGUUGACAAUAUUUUUGAUGGCGUACUGGACAAGGGAAAUGUUUCAUUGAAAAAUAAACCAGAACUUUGUAAAACGGAGGAGAAGCUGUCCGGACCAUUACAAUGUGAAAAGAGAAAAGCUUCGGAUGGAUUAACAAGCGCAAUCAGUGCCUUGUCGAAGAAAUCAAAAGUGAGUGUGCUUGAAAAAACAGCGCAAGAUUGGAGAGCUUUCAAAAAUGAAACAGGAAUUCAGGAAGAAUUAACCAGUCAUAAUAGAGGAAAACAGGGUUACGUUGAUCGUGUGGAAUUUUUAUCUCGAACAGAUUAUCGGCAGUUUGAAAUGGAACGUGAUGCUCGUAAUGCUGCUCGUGAGAAGAAAUAA